GGAGAAGCUGAAGCUGGGAGAUGAGUUGAUCGUUUUACAGAAGCAACCAAUAAACUCCACAGGCCAGGACACAAACCCACCGGAACAGCAACCGGAAACCUACAUCCUUGGUGCACCAGGCCAUCCAACUCUUCAGCGGAGGCCUGCAGGUUGCGCUGAUCUCACCACUUUUCCCCUCCACAGGCCGAGGGCCAGGCCUGGCUCCCGGGCCCGCGACCUCAUUCAUCUGGCGUCCGCUGGCCCUGCGCGCCGCGCAGGCGGGGGCCGCGGCCACCUAGCCCGGGCGCGGUUUCUCUCCGCCCACAGCAGGAGCGAAGGAAGGCCCUGGCGCCGGCGGGUAAACUGCCCACCGGGCGGCCCACCCGCUGCGCCACCCGCCCGCAAGAGGCAGUCCCAACAGGUUGGCCCGCCUGGCCGAAGUCCGCCCGGAGCCCGCUCACCUGUCAGCCCCCACUGCCGACAGGCGACACUGACAGGUGAAGCUCUCGGGAGACCAUGACUAAGAAAAGAAUUGCUGUGAUUGGGGGAGGAGCGAGCGGGCUCUCUUCCAUCAAGUGCUGCGUAGAAGAAGGCUUGGAACCUGUCUGCUUUGAAAGGACUGAUGACAUCGGAGGGCUCUGGAGGUUCCAGGAAAAUCCUGAAGAAGGAAGGGCCAGUAUUUACAAAUCAGUGAUCAUCAAUACUUCUAAAGAGAUGAUGUGCUUCAGUGACUAUCCAAUCCCAGAUCAUUAUCCCAACUUCAUGCAUAAUGCCCAGGUCCUGGAGUAUUUCAGGAUGUAUGCCAAAGAAUUUGACCUUCUAAAGUAUAUUCGAUUUAAGACCACUGUGUGCAGUGUGAAGAAGCAGCCUGAUUUUUCAACUUCAGGCCAAUGGGAAGUGGUCACUGAAUCUGAAGGGAAAAAGGAGAUGAAUGUCUUUGAUGGAGUCAUGGUUUGUACUGGCCAUCACACCAAUGCUCAUCUACCUCUGGAAAGCUUCCCUGGAAUUGAGAAGUUCAAAGGGCAGUACUUCCACAGUCGAGACUAUAAGACCCCAGAGGGAUUCAAUGGAAAGAGAGUCAUUAUAAUUGGCAUUGGGAAUUCUGGAGGGGAUCUGGCUGUAGAGAUUAGCCAAACAGCCAAGCAGGUUUUCCUCAGCACCAGGAGAGGGGCUUGGAUCCUGAAUCGUGUAGGGGACUACGGAUACCCUGCUGAUGUGUUGUUCUCUUCUCGACUUACAUAUUUUAUGCGGAAGAUCUGUGGCCAAUCAUUAGCAAACAAAUAUGUGGAAAGAAAGAUAAGCCAAAGGUUUGACCAUGAAAUGUUUGGCCUGAAGCCUAAACACAGAGCUCUGAGUCAGCAUCCAACCGUAAAUGAUGACCUGCCAAAUCGUAUCAUUUCUGGCUUGGUGAAAGUGAAAGGAAAUGUGAAGGAAUUCACAGAGACAGCUGCCAUAUUCGAGGAUGGCUCCAGGGAGGAUGACAUUGAUGCUGUUAUCUUUGCCACAGGCUAUAGCUUUGCCUUUCCGUUUCUGGAAGAUUCCGUCAAAGUGGUCAAAAACAAGAUAUCCCUGUAUAAAAAGGUCUUCCCUCCUAACCUGGAAAGGCCAACUCUUGCAAUCAUAGGCUUGAUUCAGCCCUUAGGAGCCCUUAUGCCCAUUUCAGAGCUCCAAGGACGCUGGGCCGCUCAGGUAUUUAAAGGGCUAAAGACAUUGCCCUCACAGAGUGAAAUGAUGGCAGAAAUAUCUAAAGCUCAAGAGGAAAUUGACAAAAGGUAUGUGGAGAGCCAACGCCAUACCAUUCAGGGAGACUACGUAGAUACCAUGGAAGAGCUUGCUGAUUUGGUGGGGGUCAGGCCCAAUCUGCUGUCUCUGGCCUUCACUGACCCCAAGCUGGCAUUACACUUAUUACUGGGACCCUGCACUCCAAUCCACUAUCGUUUACAGGGCCCUGGAAAGUGGGAUGGGGCUCGAAAAGCUAUCCUCACCACAGAUGAUCGCAUCAGGAAGCCUCUGAUGACAAGAGUAGUUGAAAGGAGUAGUUCUAUGACUUCAACAAUGACAAUAGGCAAGUUUAUGCUAGCUCUUGCCUUCUUUGCUAUAAUUAUAGCUUAUUUCUAGUUGUCCUAUUGUCACUGCCCUGUUUUUCAUUGCGAAGCUUAUCUACAGAUGCCUUCAGAAUCUGACGAGACUCUCAGUUUCAUAUUGCCCAGAAAUCUACUUUAAUAUCUCUUUCGGAAGCAUUAAUUCACUUUCCUUUUUCCUACAAUGAAACCUGUUUUCCAUUUGUAUUAACUCAUCUCCCUUCCACUCAUGAUCCGUCACUCUUCCUUGUGGUAAUCCCUAGACUGGGAGCUCAGGUACUCUUGUAGUCAUCUUUGUAUGUCUUUAGCAGAGUUCUUGACAUGUGGUAGGUGCUUAAUAAAUGUUUGUUGUUUAUCAAAUUUUAUGGUAGGGAGAGUAAGUCAGCAUCUGUAUAAAAUCGCUUACUCCACGUAACUCUUCUUCUGAUAGGGUUUGAUUUUCUAUUAGAAGCUCAAUUUUAGUAUUUUUUCAUAUUAUAACUAAAUAUGUUUCCUGAGAGAUAAGAGAAAUAAUGUUCUUACAAUAGUUGUAUGUAUCUAAGAUAAGACAUAUAGAUGCUUAAGACAUUUUGUUUCACUUGCUAUUCACUAGCGUACUUGAAACAUGGUCAUUUUUAGCCCUUUUCCUUAGGAACCAUGUCUUUAUUUUCUCAAUAAAGAAAUUACUUUCGA